GGACCACAGCCUGAGAGCAGAGUCUCCAGGGUCCAGCUGUGUGUCUCUGAAGAGUGACAUGUCCAUGGAACCUCCUAUACUCUUCAGUAAUGAACCUGGACCCUCACACACAAAGGAGAGGAAGAGGAGGCAUGUUUCUGAGGAGGAGCAGUCGUCCUGCUGUGCUUCGUGUCAGAACGUCCUGAAGGAUCCAGUCUCCACCAGCUGUGGACACUGGUUCUGCAGACAGUGCAUCACCUCAUACUGGGACCAGUCUGGCUCUUCAGGAGACUCCUCCUGUCCCCAGUGUGGACAAAGAUCGAUAACAGGAGAUGAAGCUCAGACAGCCGCAGAUCCUGGUCUGCAGGAGGUUUCAGAUGAACAUAAGCUAAGUCUGAGGAGGAGAUGUGGACAUGUGACUGAAGGAAGUGAUGAAACAGGAAGUAGAACCCUCCUCAGCAGGAUCUACACUGAGCUCUACAUCACAGAGGGACAGAGUGAAGAGGUUAAUUCUCAACAUGAGGUGAGGCAGCUUGAGACGGCUUCCAAGAGGAAGAUCCUCCACGACACUCCCAUCAAGUGCCACGACAUCUUUAAAGCCUCACCUGACCAGCAGAGCAGCAUCAGAGUCGUCCUGACCAACGGAGUCGCUGGUGUCGGAAAAACCUUCUCGGUGCAGAAGUUCACUCUGGACUGGGCAGAGGGUUUAGAGAACCAGGAUGUGGGUCUGCUGACUGUGCUUUCGUUCAGGGAGCUGAACCUGGUGAAGGACCAGCAGCACAGUCUCCUCACGCUGCUCCGUGUUUUCCAUCCAGCGUUACAGAAGCUCACGGCAGAGACGCUCGCUGUCUGUAAACCUUUGUUCAUCUUUGACGGCCUGGAUGAAAGCAGACCUUCUCUGGACUUCAACCACAGGGAGCUUGUGUCUGAGGUCACACAGAGGUCAUCAGUCAACGUGCUGCUGACAAACCUCAUCCGGGGGAAUCUGCUUCCCUCUGCUCUCGUCUGGAUAACCUCCAGACCUGCGGCGGCCAAUCAGAUCCCUCCUGCAUGUGUUGACAGGGUCACAGAAGUACGAGGCUUCACUGACGCCCAGAAGGAGGAUUACUUCAGGAGGAGAUUCAGUGAUGAAAAGCUGUGCAGCAGAAUCAUCUCCCACAUCAAGACGUCCAGGAGCCUCCACAUCAUGUGUCAAAUCCCAGUCUUCUGCUGGAUCACUGCUACAGUUCUGGAGCACAUGCUGACCACAGACCAGAGAGGAGAGCUGCCCAAGACCCUGACUGACCUGUACUCACACUUCCUGCUGGUUCAGACAAAGAGGAAGAACAACAAGUACGGUGAGGGACAUGAGACGACUCCACAGCAGCUGACGGAGGCUGACAGGGACGUUCUCCUGAAGCUGGGGAGGCUGGCGCUUAAACAUAUGGAGGAAGGAAGCAUCAUGUUCUACCAAGAAGACCUGGAGCGGUGUGGUCUUAAUGUCACAGAGGCCUCAGUGUACUCAGGAGUUUGUACUGAGAUCUUCAGAAGAGAGUGUGUGAUCUUCCAGAAAUCAGUCUACUGCUUUGUUCAUCUGAGCGUUCAGGAGUUUCUGGCUGCAGUCUACAUGUUCCACUGUUACACCAAGAGGAACACAAAAGAACUUAACAACUUCUUGGGAACAUAUAGGAACACAAGGAGUACCUUCUUCCUUGAUGACCUCCUGAAGAGAACCAUGGAGAAAUCCUUCACCAGUACAAAUGGUCAUCUGGACCUGUUUGUUCGCUUCCUUCAUGGCCUCAGUCUGGAGCCCAACCAGAGAGUCUUAGGAGGCCUGCUGGGUUGGACAAGGAACAAUCCAAAGAUCAUCCAGAGAGUCAUCAACAACCUGAAGGAGAUGAAUACUGAUGAUAUUUCUCCUGACAGAAGCAUCAACAUCUUCCACUGUCUGACUGAGAUGAACGACCACUCAGUUCAUGAGCAGAUGAAACAGUUCCUGACAUCAGAGAACAGAUCAGAGGAGGAACUCUCUGAGAUCCACUGCUCAUCUCUGGCCUAUAUGCUGCAGAUGUCAGAGAAGGUUCUGGAUGAGUUGGACCUGAAGAAGUUCAACACAUCAGACCAGGGUCGAAGGCUACUGAUCCCAGCUGUGAGGAACUGUAGAAAGGCUCGACUCGGUGGUUGUCGACUCUCAGAGACUCACUGUGAAGUCGUGGCCUCAGCUCUGAAGUCAGACCCCUCACAUCUGAGAGAACUGGAUCUGAGAGGAAACAAGCUGCAGGAUUCAGGAGUGAAGCUGCUGUGUUCUAGACUGGAGAGUCCAAACUGUCAACUGGAGACUCUGAGGUUGUAUCACUGCAGUCUGUCAGAGAUCAGCUGUUCUUCUCUGGCUUCAGCUCUGAGCUCAAACUCCUCUCAUCUGAGAGAACUGGAUCUGAGUUUAAACAAGCUGCAGGACUCAGGAGUUAAGAAGCUGUGUGGUUUUCUACAGUGUCCAACCUGUCUACUGGAGACUCUGAGGUUGAAGAGCUGCAGACUGUCAGAGAUCAGCUGUUCUUCUCUGGCUUCAGCUCUGAGGUCAAACCCCUCUCAUCUGAGAGAACUGGAUCUGACUAACAACGACCUGCUGGACUCAGGAGUGAAGGAGCUGUGUGGUUUUCUACAGAGUCCAACUUGUCAACUGGUGACUCUGAGGUUGGAGAGCUGCAGUCUGUCAGAGAUCAGCUGUUCUUCUCUGGCUUCAGCCCUGAGUUCAAACCCCUCUCAUCUGAGAGAACUGGAUCUGAGAGGAAAUGACCUGCAGGACUCAGGAGUGAUGGAGCUGCUUUAUCUAAAGCAGAUUCCAACUUGUCGACUGGAGACUGUGAGAUUGAGUGAUCUUUGUCCAGAGGCUGAAGCAGCAGCAGCUUGUGUGUAGAGCAGCUCUGACUGGGCCUUGUUGCUGGGAGGAAGAGAGGAGACGGAGCUCCAGAAGAAUCAGAGGAGGUGCACUGCUCUGAGAUCAGCUCCACCGUCACAAAGUGUCCAGUCCACCAUCCUCCCUGUGUGUUCCCAUUGAUGUUUUGCUUACUAUUAUUAGCCUGCCAAUUCAAAAAUGCAAUACAACGAAAUACACACAAUUAAACCACCGGACGUGUCCAUCACUUUCAGUUGUCCCCUGGAACCACUUCUGUUGUCUUUUUCUGUAAUUGCAGAGCGUUUCUGUAAUGUGUUGUGUUUUUAAAUUGAUGAAGAUGUUUUCUUGCUUUGCUUGUGUUUUGUCUAUUUGGGCAUGUGUUUUAUUAAGUUGCAGUGCAUUGUGCUCUCACUUUGCCUGUGUUUUGUCCACCUGCAUGUGUUUUAUUAAGUUGCAGUGCAUUGUGCCAUCAGGGCCACCGUAGUGAGAUGAAGCCAGAGCACCUGGAGAAAACAAGGGAGAAAAUGUAAACUCCCCACAGAAAGACCCCAUCUGAACCAGGAUUCAAACCAGUAACCCCCUGGCUGUGAGGCAACAUUGCAAACCACCACGCAGCCGCAGAAUCUUUCCUCUUGCUACUGAUUGUGUUCAUUCAUGAAGAAUCAGUUUAUUGAAAUGAUAUAACACCAGGCAGAAUAUAUAAACACUCACAUAGUGUUUUUUAGUUUGCCUUUAUUAUUCUCACCUUUCUCAGUAUAUCUCUAUGUGUGUAUAACCACAUUCUGUGUAUCUGAUUGUUUAUGUGCUUAAGGUUCCUGGAUUCACGUCACAAAUUUAUUUAGUUCAACACAAAGUUAAACACAUUUUAAUCACUUCGAGUUAAAAAUCAGAUUUUUGUUUUUGACAAAAGAUCAAAACUCUGGACUUAAAAUUUGACGUUUUUAUUUCUGUAUCAGGUGAAGAGAGUGGUUGCUUUUCUUCUUUUUGACCCACAGGUGGCGCUGUUGUAUAACAGUAGAUCAUCCCAGUCAAAGUCUUUAUUUUCAGUCUAUGAGUCAAAUACAUGGAUCAUUUCCUCUGUGACAAAAACCAGAUGUAACAUAACAGUAAAAUAAAAGUUCUGUUGUUUCUACUUAUCUCUGCUUUAAUGCACAAUAAACAUCCUUCCACCGA